UUCAGCGAACUCCAUAUACCUGUUGCUGUUAUUUUUCCAUACUCGUUGAGGAGAAGAGCUGUAAUGUUGUCACUGGACCAGCUAAUAAUGGAUCCUUCCAUAUACUCCAAGGAUGGAGACUUAAAUGAAGUAUGGGUUCCUGGGGUUUUGAGCCAUAGGACCCCAUGGGGAAGGGACCCAUCUAUUUAUACUCCAUUAGAUGACUGUAAAAAGGGGGAUAAAAUUGAAGGCCGACUUGAUAUCACCGAAAAGUAUGAGGAUUUGCAAAAAAUUCUCAUCAGUGCAGGAUUGCCAGAAACCGAAGACAGAACCAAACAACCCCGCACAGAUCAUAAUGCAGAUACUACAACAAUUUGUGUGUUUGGAACUCCCAGCUUUGCCAUGUCCACUUUGCUGGAGGGAGCCAGACAGUGUCCUGGAAACAUGCUACUUUGUCUUUCUUCCUUAUGGUUUUGCCCACGACCUCCUGCUUCUACACUCCCACCCCCUCUCUAUGUUAGGCAGGCUGUGACCUUUGAUCUUGGGGGUCGUACAUUUUUGGACAUAUUUUCUCCCCCACGACGUGUGACAUAUCUGUCAUGGAUGGAAGGUGAUGAGGUUUUGUUUGGACAAGAAUGGGACUGCCCAAUUGGAGGCUCACCUAAGCUCUCCAACUUUCUUUCGAAUACACUAGAAAUGAGACUUCUGCUUGAUCGCAUGGAACUUCCACUGGCCCCUGCUCUUGUUCUCACUUCUUAUUGGUUAGAUUCAUGGGAACCCCAGAUUGGGGAGGGAAGAAGCACAAGUCUGGUAGAACUGGAUGGGAAGGAAGGAUGGGAGGAAAGAGUGAGGAAAUCUAUAUCUGAAUUUUUGGCAUUAUUGAGAAAGAAAAAUCACCAAAAGGUUGUGGUUAAGGCCUGUGGGCCACAAAAAAGACAUUCCUUUCCUACAACCUUCUAUUCUGUCUGUGACCCUCGCAGUGUAUAUGAAACUGUCUUUGGCCUCAUUUCAAAUCUCCAUGAUAAAGAAGCAAUUCUUCUGGAAUGCUUUAUAAAUUCUUUGCCCCCACGCAGGAUACACCCACCCAAACCUCCAGCUGUGAUAGCAAGCUGCUCCGUGUGCCCCCCUGAGCUGACGAUCCGUCUCUGUGCCGUUGUCUGCCGAUCUCGCGGAGACCAACCAAUCCUAAGCAAGGUGGUAUGUUCUGUUGGCCGGGCAGAGAAACCUCUCUGUCACCGCUUUGCUUUGCCCCAGUCCCUGGAAACCACAUUGGAAUUGUGGGGAGUGAGGGACAAAUAUCAAAAGGAGAACAUUUUAGCCCAGCUUAAAAAGACUGCAGAAAAUGUCAUGAAAAUAGUUAUGGAGGAGGAAAAAAAACUGACUCAAAAGGAACGUGGAGGAUAUAAAGCUCAAACUGACCUAUUGGGUGUGGAUUUCCUGCUAACUGUUGUGAACUACAUGGUGACCCCGGUGAUUCUUGGUCUCACAUCCAACUAUUGUUUGGAAAGUUGUGGGAUUCACGAGUGUCUGCAGGGGAGUCUUGUUGCUGGUGGAUCCAAUGCCAUUAUUUCUGCAUCAACACCAUUGUUGGAAACAAUGCUUCAAAGGUCCCUUAUCUAUGUAAUGGAAAAAAAGGAAGUACUUGUAGUUGGAUCUGGAGGUAUCAGCAAAGCAUUCAUCUGGGAGGCCGCAAAAAGCUAUGGGAUAAAGAUCCACUUGGUUGAAUCAGACCCGAAACAUUUUGCCUCAUCGCUUGUGACCUCAUUUAUCCAUUAUGACUAUGAUGAUCAAUCCUGUGAUGUAGAGAAGCAUGCUCAGAACUUGCUAACGUUAAUCAAGGGCAGAGGCCUUUGCCUCUCUGGGUGCAUGGCAUUUUGGGAUGAGUGCACUAUCCUUGCCGCUGUGUUGAGCAGUUACCUUGGGCUCCCUGGCCCACCUGCUAGUGCUGUGAGACUUGCCAAGCAAAAGACCAAGACACAGCUAUCUCUCCUUUCAAUGUCUUCAACAUCACCACCCUUCCCAUAUGCUGGAGCAUUUGCAGUGCCCUGUUGCCCCUUAGGCCUUGCUGAUGAAGGAAUAGAGAAAGCUGAAUCUACUAUUUCCUACCCACUUGUUGUGAAGCCAGAAUCUGGAGCAGGGGCAGUCGGUGUACGACUUAUACAAGAUGCAGAAGAAUGCAGAAGGGUGAUCAGAAAAAUUGGGAUAGGGUCUGAACUAUACACACACCCAAAUGGAGAAAACUGUGCUAUGCAGAUUGAAGGAAUUUCUCAGAGUGGUGUAUAUCGUAAAACAGGAUUAGAAGAAACCUGUAAAGGUGAAGCCAGUAAGUCAGAAAUUGAUGGAAAGGGUUGUAAUAAAACAAUACAAUUGAAUGCAUAUGCUGAUAAUGAACAAAACCAGUUGUGCAAUAACAAUGUCAGGCCUCUGCUUCUUCUGGCAGAAUAUAUAACGGGUACUGAACAUGACGUGGAUUUGGUUAUGAGUCCCAGUGGUCAAAUUCUGGCUGCUUAUGUGUCCGACAAUGGGCCAACAUUGCUGCCAGGUUUUACUGAAACAGCAGCAGCUCUCCCUUCCCGCUUAGGCACAGAACAGCGUUGCCAGCUUAUUCAAGCUGCUGCAUUCAGCUGUCGAUCACUGGGACUGUACCCAGGAGUCUUCAAUGUAGAGCUGAAGCUGACAGAAACUGGUCCACGUCUGCUGGAGAUCAACCCACGAAUGGGGGGAUUCUAUCUUCGUGACUGGAUCCGCCAUGUGUAUGGCACUGACCUUGUUCUUGUGGCUUUGGCGUUGUUUUGUGGCGUAGACCCUGCAUUACCUGCAACAGGAGUCCAGGAGCGGACAGUACUAGUUGGAGUAAUGUGCACUGGGGAAAAUCAUGAGGAUGCGUUGCACAGCACAGCAAAGCCACAGAGAUUGGCGGAACUGCACCAUGCAGGAUAUAUAAGAUUCAACCAACUUGAUGGUAGCAGGGAGCGUGGCCCAGACCAGGAACCAUAUGGAAGUGUUGCCUGUGAAGGAAGUGGCCAGAGAGAAGCCAGAGAAAAGCUGCUUGGAAUCUGUGCUGUAUUGGGACUUGACACAGAAGCAUAUCCAGUGCGUUAUCUAACAGGGGAGUUCCAGUGAUGGAAUAUCAUUGGGAGACAUUGCUAGCAAUUGUUUAGAGGAAUAUAUAUUCCAGUGUGAAAUGUAAUGGGAAAAAAAUGUAAGGGUAUCAGCAAUUCGAGAGCAAAGAAUCAGAAUUAAAUAUUUUGGUAAGGCAGGCAGUAUAGUAAAUCAUAGAGUAGGAGGUGUAAUCAAUACAUAUCCUUAAAUACCUAUCAAUUGUAGAUACCUCUGUUACUGUACAUGCAAAAUAUGAAUAGAACUUACUGAGAAUUUAGCAAUGUUAACACUAUCAGUCUUCAUUAAUUGUAAAUGGUACCAAUUGUUUGCAAUAUCAUUCAUGCAAUUAUAAAUGCUUAGUGCAAAAGAACUUUUUGAUCAAGUAAUAAAGGAUUAAUAUA